CGGAUUCACAUAAUUGGUGUUGAUCGCCAUUCGCCCGGGAUCUCGUCGGCGUUGAUUGGAAUUACCGUCUCCGUCUCACUGAUCUUCGUCGAAUCCACUACGGUAAGCUCGCCGGAAACCUUGAAAUCAUUCCUCGUUUCAUUCGAUUGCCGGUUGAAACGUGGAGUCAGCAAAUGUAGCUCUGAAAAUACUUCCCUAAUUGUUGUGUCGAUUUCGUCGUUCUACGAUUUCGAUCCAAUUUCAGGAAAUCGAGCUGCUAUUUCGGUUCCUCCGCGAUGAAAAUUUUCCUAGUGAUUUAGUGUUCUUAGAACUAAUCUCCCUCCAUCCGUGAUAUCGACUGGUUGAAAUUCCUUUUCCCUCUGUUUGUUUGCAUGGAAAAUAGCGAUGAUCGAUUGAUUCGAUCGAUUGACUGAUUGUUCCAGAAUUUUUUUUUUUUUUGCAGAAGACUCGAUCGCAAUGGAAGUUGUUGGGAACGAAGCGUUGGCGCCACUUGAAAAGCUAAAGAACGAUUUCUCCAAGGGAUUCCAGUACUAUCUCGAUCGAUCCACGCCUCAUGUAAUGCACAGGUGGCUCGGGACGCUGGGCGGGGCGGCAAUAUACUUGCUGCGGGUUUACUUCGUUCAAGGGUUCUACAUUGUCACGUAUGGCCUAGGGAUUUACAUCUUGAAUCUCUUGAUCGGGUUCUUGUCCCCAAAAGUCGAUCCCGAGCUCGAACUCAUGGAUGGUGCUGCUUUGCCUACCAAAGAGACCGACGAGUUCCGGCCCUUCAUCCGCCGCCUCCCUGAGUUCAAAUUCUGGUACUCCAUAAGCAAGGCGCUCGGCGUGGCAUUUCUGAUGACAUUCUUCUCGGUGUUCGAUGUCCCUGUAUUCUGGCCGAUACUGCUAUGCUACUGGCUCGUCCUGGCUUUCCUCACAAUGAAGCGCCAAAUCAUGCACAUGAUCAAGUACAGAUAUGUUCCUUUCACUGUUGGAAAGCAGAAAUAUGGCGACAAAAUGCGCUCUCCAACCAGCAGGGGACUCUAAUGGCUGACUGAAGGAUUUCUCUCGUGACAAUGCUGGACUGCCUUCCACGGUUUAAUGUUCUCGAUCUCGAAACUCCAUGAUGCUAAGUAGUUAUGCAAAUCGACUGUUACACAAAUCGAGAGAGGUCACACUUUCUUGUUCCUCCUGAUUCUUUCAUAUUUCCAAGUAGUUAGAUUCAUUAGACCGUUCCUUCCCCCCAAGUUCUUUCUCCUUCAAUCACUGUAUUCUCGCAAAAGCGAAUCGUACCUCAAUGCAGAUUCUUGAUCACCAAACAGUCGUUGCUCUUGUUUCAGCAGCCAGAACAUGUUUUGAGCUGUUAGUUUUUUCCCCUGUACAUUUUGAACGAUUAUGACUAGUGGUCUGUCUCUGCUUUGAUGUGAUCUGGGAGCCACCUCCCUCCAUUUCUGGAUUAUGUUAAUGUGUUUAUUUAAGUUGCAUGAUUGUCAACGAAGCUGGUAAAGUGGAUUGAAGAGAACUAGAAGGACGAUUUUUGAGGUAGGGAGAAGAAUCAAAGAUGCCAGAAGAC